UCCACAGACUGCGUGAGGAUGAGCUCCAGGUUUUCUUUGGGCUGAUGUUUCGUGUCCUCCACCAGCUUAUAGACGCGGUGUCGCCGGUGCAAACGCGGCUUCCGGCCCUCCCCAGCCAGCGGCACCUUCCACCAGCGCUCCACGAUGACAGUGUCCUGGAAACCAGGAAAGCAAGGCAUCUCUUAUAAGGAACAGGAGGACUUGACCCUCCGGCCCCGUUACUGCCUCCAGUGCUCCGAGUCCCCAGCCGGCCUCCCGGUGGGCAGAAGCACCGAGCAGGGUAACAACAACCAGCUUAAAGAACUGUACUCGGCUGGAAACCUGACGGUGCUGGCUACUGACCCCCUGCUCCACCAGGACCCAAUACAGUUAGACUUCCACUUCCGCCUCACCCCCCAGACCUCUGCCCAUUGGCACGGCCUUCUCUGUGACCACCGACUCUUCCUGGAUAUUCCAUAUCGGGCCUUGGAUCAAGGCAACCGGGAGAGUUUGACCGCAACACUGGAGUAUGUGGAGGAGAAGACCAACGUGGACUCCGUGUUUGUGAACUUCCAAAAUGAUCGGAAUGACAGAGGUGCCCUGCUGAGGGCCUUCAGCUACAUGGGCUUUGAGGUGGUCAGACCAGAUCACCCUGCCCUCCCUCCCUGGGACAAUGUCAUCUUUAUGAUGUACCCCCUUGAAAGGGACCCUGGCCACCUGCCCAGCGAACCUCCCUGAACAUGCUUAUUCCAACUCUGAGGGGCUGGAAUCCUUGACACAUGGGAACCAGGGGCCCAGGAUGUGAUUCAGGACACCUUCCUCCAUCCUAGAAAUAAAGGGUAGUGCAAUCA